CCUCAUCUUCGGGCGGGCAUCCCUUGAAGAGACACCACCAGGAGCAGCAGCACGAGCACCCCCAGCACCAUCAGCGCCGGGCAGUCGGAGCCUUCUUCAGCCCAAAGGACUGAACGCGGAACUCAGAGGUCAGCGGAUGUCCAGCAAGCCGGGGCCCACGGACCCCACUGGUCUCAGAACGAAAUCGGUUCUAGAGAAAGUCAGGGGGCGGACGGCCUGCCUACCCCAUCCUCUCCCCGCCCAGUCCCGAUGCCGUCGCCUUGACCCCCGACAUCUCGGGGCGGCUGACAGGGUGACCCUGACCCCUCCCCCCAAACCCCGCACCCUGACCCUCUCCCGGCAAAGAGAGAGGCAGCACUCAGAUUCAGACCCAGCUCCCGGUAAUGGCGCGUGACCACGGCUCCCCCCAGCCCGGUUGUCCCACGUCCCUCCUCCUCCCCCUCCUUCUUCUGCUUCAGCGACCCGUGCCAAGCUCAGGGCAGUUCUCGGUGACGGGGCCGACCCAGCCCAUCGUGGCCUUCGUCGGGGAAGACGUCGAGCUGCCGUGCCGCCUGUCGCCGGGCAAGAACGCCUCGGGCAUGGAGGUGGGCUGGUACCGCCCGCCCUUCUCCAGGGUGGUCCACGUGUACCGCGGCGGGAAGGAUCAGGACGGGGAGCAGGCCCCGGAGUUCCGGGGGAGGACCGAGCUGGUUAAGGAGGCCAUCGGCGAGGGCCGGGUGGCCCUGCGGCUCCGCCACGUGAGGUUCUCCGACGAGGGCGGCUACACCUGCUUGUUCCGGGACCACUCUUACCAGGAGGAGGCCGCGGUGCAGCUCAAGGUGGAAGAUCCCUUUUACUGGAUCAACCCAGGAAUGCUGUUCCUGAUAGCGGUCCUGCCCGUCUUGGUGCUGCAGGUAGCCCUCGGAUUCGGCUUCCUCUGCCUGCAGCGGAGGCUGACAGGGAAACUGCGAGCAGAGAUCGAGAACUUGCACAGAACAUUUGACCGCCAUUUCCUGAGGGUGCCCUGCUGGAAGAUAACUCUCUUCGUGGUCGUGCCCAUCCUGGGGCCACUGGUGGCCAUGAUCCUCUGCUACAACUGGCUGCAGCGCAGACUGGCAGGUCAAUUCCUGGAAGAGCUCAAAUACCCCUUCUGAGAGAAGCCGGGACCCCGGAGCUGACACGGAGGGACCUCUCGGCAGCGAGACCAACGGGCCGGUCCCCGCUGCUCUCUGACGACGCGGGGCCAGGCCUCGCGGCCGCGGCCCGGACUCUCGAGGGCGAAGAUGCUACCGGGGAAGCUGAGCGAAGCCUUCUUCCUUCCCCGGACUUCUCCCGACCUCCCUCCCUCCCACCCCCGCACCCUGCCCCCACGCUUUCGGCCUCCGCCGCUCCUCGCUCUCCUUCCUUUACUGUAACCCUCCCACCCCGAGGACCCGGGCCAGGGCCUCCCGGGGCAGGGGAAUAAAAGCUCUUUCGCCGA